CCAUUGUUGGGCUGGGGCUGACGUCCUGGGCCUCUGGGCGGAGCAGCGGGGGGAGGCGGGGGGCGCUGCUCGCGGCAGCCCCUUCUAGCCCCGCCGCUGCUGCUGGAUGCGGGCGGCCGGGCGGCCGGCGAGCAGACAAAGGAGGCGGCGGCGGAGGAGCGGGAGCGGGAGGACUCCGAGUGCAGGCGGAGCUGUCAGCCCCGGGAGAAGGGGACCAGCCGGCAGCGGCGCUCCAGCAUGCCCAGCUCCAUCUACCAGCCCGACGGGGGGCAGGCAGCCUGCUGCCCCCCUCACUGCCUGGGGCUGCUGAGCCCCCCGCCGCCACCCGCCGCUGGGGCCGAAGAGCCGCCGCUGCUGGAGCCCGAGCCGGAGAGAGCGGGGCCGCCGCAGCCCCCGCCCGAUCAGGAAGAAGCGGCAGCGGCGCUGAGGUUUGCCCUGGACCAGCUCUCCAUCUUGGGGCUGGAGGAGGAGGAGGCAGAAGAAGGGGUGAUCGAAGAAGGAGGAGUGGAGGAGGAGGUGCUGGAGAUUGGGGAUGGAGGGCUGGAUGAAAUGGACCAUGGGUCAGGGCUGGACAGGGGAGUUGGGAUGCUGGGGGGGCUGCCAAUGUUGGAUCCAGAUGUGAGCCCCUCCACCUCCAGCAUCACUUCCCCUCCAGAUGUGUUCAGCAACUUUCACCCCCACCUGGGCCACCACCACUCCAUCUUGGCUGAACAGAUGAGCAUCAUUGGAAGCAGAAAGAAGAGCGUGAACAUGACUGAGUGUGUCCCUGUCCCCAGCUCUGAACAUGUAGCGGAGAUUGUGGGGAGACAAGGCUGUAAGAUCAAAGCCCUGCGUGCUAAAACCAACACCUACAUCAAGACGCCAGUCAGAGGGGAGGAGCCCGUCUUCAUCGUAACCGGGAGGAAAGAGGAUGUGGAAAUGGCCAAGAGGGAGAUCCUUUCAGCUGCUGAACACUUCUCCAUGAUCCGAGCAACUCGCAACAAGGUCAACGGCCUGACAGGAACCGUGCAGGGUCCCCCCAACCUGCCAGGGCAGACCACCAUCCAGGUGAGAGUCCCCUACCGGGUGGUGGGCCUGGUGGUGGGGCCCAAGGGGGCCACCAUCAAGAGGAUCCAGCAGCAGACGCACACGUACAUUGUCACGCCCAGCCGAGAUAAAGAGCCUGUCUUUGAGGUGACGGGGAUGCCCGAGAAUGUGGACCGGGCCCGGGAGGAGAUCGAAGCCCACAUCACCAUGAGGACAGGCUCCUUCAUUGACGUCAGCGCAGACAACGACUUCCACUCCAAUGGCACCGACGUCUGCCUCGACCUGCUGGGCAGCGCGGCCAGCCUCUGGGCCAAAGCUCCCAACCCCGCCCGCAGGCCCUCGUCCGGCCUUCGCAACGACAGCCUGAGCUCCCUGGGCAGCACCUCCACCGAGUCCUACUACAGUGGCCGGGUGGCUGACACCAGCCCCACCAGCCCGUACAGCACCAGCAACGGCUUCAACUUCAGCGAGUCUCAGGCGCCACCGCUCAGUUCCGAAGACUCUGACUUCGGCUUUGAUUUCCUGGCCCUGGACCUCACCACGCCUACCACAAUCUGGUCUCCCUUCGAGCGCUCCAACCCCCUGCAGGCCUUCAGCAGCUGCUCCUCCAUCAACGGCUCGCAGAGGCGUAACAGCAGCAUCAGCAGGACGGCCACGCCCCGGCACUCCCCCACCCUCCCAGAGAGCAGCGUCGCCCUGGACCACCCCCUAGCCCGCCGCAUCCAGAGCGACCCGGUCAGCACCUUGUCCUGGCUGCCCACCCAGGGCUCACUCUCCUCCUUCUCCAACAGCACAGGCUAUUCCUCCUCCUCCUCCCUGCCGGGCAGCAUCUCCGGCACCUCAGGCUCCCCCACGGAUUCCAGCAGCUCUGACGGACACCGGAAGAGCUCCCGGGAGUGCAUGGUGUGUUUCGAAAGUGAGGUCAUCGCUGCCCUCGUGCCCUGCGGCCACAACCUCUUCUGCAUGGAGUGCGCCAUCCGCAUCUGCGGCAAAGCCGAGCCGGAGUGCCCUGCCUGCCACACCCCGGCCACUCAAGCCAUCCACAUCUUCUCCUAGCUGUCCAUCCGGAGUCCGAUCGGAUGGGCCGCCACCCCCCAUCCCCACCCCUCUCCCUACAACACAGCUUUUUAAGAACUUUUAACUGUUUAAAUCAACCAUUUUAUUUAAGGGAUUGGAUUGGGACUGCGGGUGGGGAGGGUGAAAGACGAUGUUUCUUGCUUGGUAGAAAGCCGGAGAGGAAGAUCACGGGGGGGGGGAGGGGGAAGAAGGGACGAGGAAAAUGACAGGAAAGAGGGGCGUGAAAUUGCAGAAGGGAGAAAAAAAAUCAAAUGUUUACAGAAUAGCUUUAACUCUGAACCCAGGUGUGGCGGCUGGGGAGGAGAACGAGCAGCUGUUCUUCAACAGUUCUUUCCAAAUAACAGUAUUCAGUUUGCAAAGUGAAAUAAACAGAAAGAAAAGGUCCGGUUGCACUUUUUAUUUUAAGACACACAAGGGUUGUCUUUAUUUUUUUAAAAGCAUUUUAUUAUUAUAAUAUUUUUUUGGUUUUUUUGUAUGUAGUUAUUUUUUUUGGACAGUUCUUGACGGUUCUAUAAAUAUAUCUCUAUUUUUUUUGGUAACACAGUUUAACCUUCUAUUUUGCCAAUGUGAAAGCUGCCCACAAUGCAUUGAAAAGGACAGGUGUCUUGGCUGGGAUUGCGGGGAGGACUAGGGAAGAGAAGAGGUGUGGGACAGUUCGGGGCACAGUUAAGCACGUCAUGUCGCAAAAAAAGAUUAUUUUGAUUGCCUUUUUAUUUUGUUUUGUUUAGUUUUAUUUUUUUAUUUUUUACUUCUUAUGUAUAUGUAGGGAAUUUAUAGGAAAAUAUGUACUUUAUUGAAUAAAUUUUAAGAACUAAAAUAUAUUUUAUUUUAAAAGAAAAUAACGGACCUUUAACCUUACAUGGCUAAAGUACUGAUUAUAUAUUUGCUGAGCUGACUUGACGGUUAUGAAAAUUGUAUCAAGAGUUUUAUUUUUUGACUUCUUAAUAAAGACUUUUUACUAUAUAUA